UUUUAAAUGAAAUGUCUGAAGGAAAAAUAAUCUGAUCUAAUAUUUAAGUUUUCGAGGUUUUGUCAGAAAUAUGGCGUCAUCAGUGUGCCGUUAGCCACCGUAACCGUUAAUUUAAGGCCUUCUUCCUCCUCGUGAGUGACUGAAUAAAUUAGGCUAAACCUUCAUCUUCUCACCAUUGAUAGUCCAGUCUGAGACUGGUCUAUGACGCUCCGUCAACCAGCCAAUAACGUAAAGGUAAACAGAGCUGACCCCACUGUCCUCGCGCAUGGGAUGGUCUUGUGUGACAGAGUCCAAAAGGUGACCACUGAACGCGGCGACCCUCUCCCUCUACGAUGGCAGAUAAAGUUCAACAGCUCGUGUCUAAAUGCCUACAGGCCCGGGACAUGGCAUACUGUCCCUACAGCAGGUUCCCGGUCGGUGCCGCCAUUUUGACAGCAGAUGGCGCCAUAAUUACAGGCUGUAAUGUGGAAAACGCCUCCUACGGCCUGACGGUGUGUGCUGAGCGUACAGCCAUCCAGAGAGCCGUGGUAGAAGGACACAGACAGUUCACCGCCAUCGCUGUAACAUGUGACAUCAAAGACCGCUUUGUUGGGCCGUGUGGAGCAUGUCGGCAGGUUCUUAUGGAGUUUGGGUCAGAUUGGAUUGUUUACUUGACAAAGCCAGAUGGGUCUUACAAAGAAACUAGCCUCAGAGAACUACUGCCUCUAGCCUUUUCACCAGAGCACCUCGCAACAAACUGAUGAAGCUGCAACAUGAAGAGAACACCUUUUUUCAAUUUAAUCAUUUCAUUUACAGAAUGUCUUUAAUUGUGUUGCAUGAACAUCAAAAUGUCUAAAGAAAAAAUAAUAAAAUUAAAAUACA